AUGAUAAGGCUAUUGUCACCCCAACUUGGAAGAUUAAACGUCUCUUCAUGUCGAUUUGCGAGUUCAUCAACAUCGAGGUUGGGUAGACAGAAAAUAAUAAAAUGGUCUAGGGGCAAAAUCGUGUUUGGAACCAUCGUAGGUGCAGGCUUUAUCGCAUAUGAAACAAACGAUAAUGCCCAUAAUUUGUUGAGGCAUCUCUUUCUUACAUCGAAACGAAUUGGCGUUGUCUCCUUAGCAACGAUACGGUGUUUCCACCAGUACAAGAAAACUUUGGAUGCAACCUACGAGACUCCAGAGGCCAGAAGUGAAGCAUUGAGAGCUUGCCAUCAGUUCUGUGCAACUGUAACGCUGCAUGCACUAGAAUCCAACCGUGGUAUCUUCAUUAAAUUAGGACAGCAUAUCGGAGCACUAACGUACUUAUUACCACCGGAAUGGACGGAGACCAUGGUGCCAUUGCAGGAUCAAUGCCCCCAAUCCACUAUGGAGGAGAUAAAUUACAUGUUCAAGCAGGACCUAAAAACAGAUAUAGAUGAGAUGUUCUCGGAAUUUGAUCCAAACCCCAUUGGCGUCGCAUCUCUGGCGCAAGUUCAUGUAGCAAGACUUCGAGAUACACAAGAAAGAGUAGCUGUAAAGUGUCAACAUCCAACUCUGAAAGAAUUCGUUCCCUUGGAUGUCAUGUUAACUCAAACAGUAUUCAAUCUUAUGGAUAUUGUUUUCCCAGAUUAUCCACUGGUUUGGCUGGGGGAUGAAUUGCAGUCGUCUAUAUUCGUUGAGCUAGACUUUGCGAAAGAAGCCACAAAUGCUAUUUCUACAGCUGACUACUUUCACAAUUACAAAAAAGAAACAGCACUUAAAAUACCAAAAGUUAUUAGUGCUCACAGAAGAAUAUUGGUCAUGGAAUAUGUAUCGGGAAAUCGGUUGGACGAUGUAACAUAUCUUGAUGAACACAGAAUUUCAAGAGCUGAAGUAUCCUCGUGCCUUUCGCACAUUUUCAAUAACAUGAUUUUCACUCCAAAUGUCGGUUUACAUUGUGAUCCUCAUGGCGGUAAUUUGGCAAUCAGAAGUCGUAGCCCAUCGAAAAGUAACCCUCAUAACUUCGAAAUCAUACUUUUCGAUCACGGACUCUACAGAUAUCCAAAUACUCAAUUAAGAAGGGACUAUGCUCAUUUCUGGCUCUCACUCUUAGAUCAUGAUCAGGAAAAGAUGAAAUAUUAUGCUAAGAGGUUCGCGAAAAUUGACGAUAAACAAUUUCCGUUAUUUGCGGCCGUUAUCACUGGGAGAAGUAUCGAUACCGCAUUGAAUUAUGAUAUUUCGAAACCCCGAAGUGAUGAAGAAAUCAAAACAAUGACAAAAAGUCUCAUCAAUGGCACAUUUCUGGUUGACCUGAUGUCUAUACUAGCGAAAAUCCCAGCAGUAGUUCUACUUAUUCUGAAGACGAAUGAUCUGACAAGACAUCUGGACGAAUGUUUACAAAAUCCUUUAGGUCCAGAAAGAACUUUCCUGAUUAUGACACAGUAUUGUGCAAAAACGGUAUAUGAGGAGGCGCGUGAAAGAGCCAAUAUUGAUUUUCCAAGAUGGUCUCCUAUGUGGUUCUGGAAAGAGUUUUUGGCUUUCUGUGUGUACGAAAAGCGUAAAAACCAAUUGUUAUUUUAUGAUUUUGCAUUGUGGUGGAAGAGGAAAUUUAUUUAA